UUGUAAACAUUAGACUGGCUCGUGUUCAGAUAUCAAGAUGUUACCGAAAAUACUUUGUCGUGGAACAAUUGACCUUCUGUCACAUUUACCUUCCCCAUUCUGAAAUACUUAUUUGACGCGCCUCAAAUUGUGUCAGUGCCCUAGACAGCUAGCUAGCCUGUGUGACUGGGUGUUGUGUACAGCUCUUUGUGUGAGAUGGGGGACGAUCGACCUUUUGUGUGCACCGCCCCAGGCUGUGGCCAGAGAUUUACUAAUGAAGACCAUCUAUCGGUCCACAAACACAAGCAUGAGAUGACCCUGAAAUUUGGUCCUGCCAGAACUGACUCCGUCAUCAUUGCAGACCAGACCCCCACACCCACCCGCUUCCUGAAGAACUGUGAGGAGGUGGGUCUGUUCAACGAACUGGCCAGCUCCUUCGAGCAGGAGUUCCGGAAGGCCCAUGAGGAUGACCAAAGGAACAAAAACCCGGUCCCCACGCAGCUCACGGCCCCCCAGCUUCCGGCACCACCCCUACAGACCCCCUCUGGGGUGAAAGAAGAGGAUGAGGGGCCUCUGGAGGUUGACUCCUCCCCCCCAGGCAGUCCUGACUCCACCUCCAGCAUGUCGGACAGCAGCAAAGAGCCAAUGGAGACUCCUCCACGGCCGGUGGUGAGCUCUGCCCCCACGCCAACUAUCGUACGCCCAGGGUCCCUUCCCAUUCACCUUGUUUACGACCCCCUGCACCCGACUCUGCCCUCGCCAACCUCUGUCAUCACACAAACCCCGCCCUCCAACAGACAACUGGGCUCUCCGACAGGUUCCUUCCCGCUGGUAAUGCAUCUCCCCAACGGACAGACAGUCCCUCUCCUCCCCAGCCCAAAUAUGACCUCAGUCAUAUCUCUGGCGAGGCCGUUUAAUUUGGUGCCCAACAUCCCUGGGAUUCCAGGCCCUCCGAUUGGUGGGACCAGCAGUGGCUCCUCCUCCCCAUCUGGGUAUAGUCUACACUCAGAGGCCAAGAUGAGGCUGAAGGCAGCGCCGACCCAACAACAGCAGCAGCAUGGCCCGGGGGCUCAGAACGGGGCUGGAGAGGGCCCAGGGGGGGCAGGUUCCAGCCCCAUUGUCCCCCAGAGACAUGAGCAGAGCCAGCAGCCCUCGCAGCACUCUGACACACCCUCUCCCGCACAGCCACAGCAAACCAGCAGUGGCUCCUCCUCUCCAUUUGGGUAUAGUCUACAUUCAGAGGACAUGAUGAUGUCCCCAGCCCAGCCCACAGGUGGUAGGAGGCGGCGGGGUGCGGAGGUUGACCCAGACGAGAGGAGGCAGCGCUUCCUGGAGAGGAACAGGGCGGCGGCUUCUCGCUGCAGACAGAAACGCAAGGUGUGGGUCGGCUCUCUGGAGAGGAAGGCAGAGGACCUGGCUACCAUGAAUGUUUCUUUGACCAAUGAAGUGGGUCUGCUGAGGAACGAGGUGACCCAACUGAAACAGCUGCUGCUGGCCCACAAAGACUGCCCUGUCACUGCCAUGCAGAAGAAGUCUGCCUACAUAGCUGCAGGAGUAGAGGAGAACUCCAGGGACCCCCCCUCUGAGCCUAUGGGUUCCCCAGCCCCGGUUAUCCAGCACGGGCCUUCGCCCCUUGCCCCCAGCCCUGGGGACAUCACCGUCAACGGAAUGAGCGUCCGCGCGGCUGAGGCAGUAGCCAUGUCGGUCCUGGCCGGCAUGGGGGCGGCCCAGCAGGGAGGGGUCCUCAUGGCCACAAAGCCGCAGCCGGCCCCCAGAUGAUGAGCAGGCGCAGGGAGCCAGUAAGAACUCUACAUUGGGCUUUACGAGGCUGGACUGGCACAAUGAUGUGUGCAAGAGAUUGAAAGAGAGAAAGGGACCUGAUUUGAAAUCUGAAAUUCCACCUGUUGAUAGUACUUCUCACUCCCCUCCCCAUCUUUCUCCAUCCUACGCUCUAUGACCUUGGACACACUUGAUAGCCUCACAGCCAAUGAUAAUCACUGAACAGACUGAGUAGUCCUGCCUCUUGGGCCCAUUUUCUGAUUGAUCCUAGCUUGGAUGCACUGUCACUGUCUACAGUUGAAGUCGGAAGUUUACAUACACUUAGGUAGGAGUCAUUCAUUAACUUGUUUCUCAACCACUCCCAACAUUUCUUGUUAACAAACUAUAGUUUUGGAAAGUCAGUUAGGACAUCUACUUUGUAUGACACAAGUCAUGUUUCCAACAAUUUUUUUACAGACAGAUUAUUUCACUUAUAAUUCACUGUAUCACAUUUCCAGUGGGUCAACACUUCACACACUAAGUUGACUGUGCCUUUAAACAGCUUGGAAAAUUUCAGAAAAUUAUGUAAUGGCUUUAGAAGCUUCUGAUAGGCUAAUUGACAUCAUUUGAGUCAAUUGGAGGUGUACCCGUGGAUGUAUUUCAAGGCCUACCUUCAAACUCAGUGCCUCUUUGCUUGACAUCUUUGGAAAAUCAAAAGAAAUCAGCCAAGACCUCAGAAAAAAAACAUUGUAGACCUCCACAAGUCUGGUUCAUCCUUGGGCUCAAUUUCCAAACGCAUGAAGGUACCACGUUCAUCUGUACAAACAAUAGUACGCAAGUACUAUUGGGACCAACCACCAUGGGACCACGCAGCUGUCAUAACACUCAGGAAGGAGACGUGUUCUGUCUCCUAGAAAUGUAUGUACUUUGGUGUGAAAAGGGCAAAUCAAUCCCAGAACCACAGCAAAGGACCUUGUGGAGAUGCUGGAGGAAACGGGUACAAAAGUAUCUAUAUCCACAGUAAAAUGUCAUAACCUGAAAGGCCGCUCAGCAAGUAAGAAACCACUGCUCCAAAACCGCCAUUAAAAAAGCCAGACUACGGUUUGCAACUGCACAUGGGGACAAAGAUUGUACUUUUUUGAGAAAUGUCUGAUGAAACAAAAAUAGAACUGUUUGUUAUGUCUGGAGGUGGAGAGGCAAGCCGAAGAACACCAUCCCAACCGUGAAGCAUGGGGGUGGCAGCAUCAUGUUUUGGGGUGCUUUUCUGAAGAAGGGACUGGUGCACUUCACAAAAUAGAAAUUGUGGCAAAAUGACUUAAGGACAACAGUCAAGGUAUUGGAGUGGCCAUCCCAAAGCCCUGACCUCAAAUCCUAUAGAAAAUUUGUGGGUAGAUCUGAAAAAGCGUGUGCGCGCAAGGAGGCCUACAAACCUGACACAGUUACACCAGCUCUGUCAGGAGGAAUGGGCCAAAAUUCACCCAACUUACUGUGGAAGGCUACCCAAAAUGUUUGACCCAAGAUAAACAAUUUAAAGGCAAUGCUACCAAAUACUAAUUGAGUGUAUGUAAACUUCUGACCCACUGGGAAUAUGAUGAAAGAAAUAAAAACUGAAAUAAAAAAUUCUCUCUGCUAUUAUUCUGACAUUUCACAUUCUUAAAAUAGAGUGGUGAUCUUAACUGACCUAAAACAGGGAAUUUUUUCUAGAAUUAAAUGUCAGGAAUUGUGAAAAGCUGAGUUGAAAUGUAUUUGGCUGUAAACUUCCAACUUCAACUGUAUAUAGAAGUGUAUGUAUAUACUCACACACCCGUGACAUAUACACACACUCGAUCAAAGAAUGUAGUUUUUGUUGUCUAUUUCCAAUUCUUCUCUCCCCUGUCUACAGUGUAAAUCUAUCCUUACAUAUUUAUCUUGUUUAUGCAGCUGUUAAUCCUUGGGAAAUUCUUUAUCAUCUUUAGGGCUGAAUAAGUGUGAAAUAUUGUGUGUGCAUAUUGUUUUUCCCUUGUCAUGGAGUGAGCCAAAGUAAGGAUACAGUCAGUGUCUGGCCUUUUUUUGAACUCGUAGGAAUUCUGCUUUCUGGCAACGUGUAUGAAACUACUUAUUGACUGCAUGGAUAUUAGAGGACACUGAUGAAGACCACUGUCUGUGUGCUGGUGUCUGUUAAUAUUAUCGCUGGUUUUAACAUACUGCUUUUCAAAUGACUGAUGCAAACAAUGAUAAUGUCCUAAUGUAACACUUGAAAUGGUUAGCUAUUAGAUUAUACUUUUAUGUAAUAAUCAGCAAACUCUUCAUUAGAUAAAUCAUUUACCCAGGCUAAAGUUAGUUGAAGAAAAAGUAGUGCAAUAUAUUUUUAUAUUCAAUAUUAAUGUUCCUGCGUUUAGCCAAAGCAUGUUCAGUGAGGUCAGUGGUAGAAUGGGUUGUUCUAAUUCAAUGAAAAUGGUUGAAAUUCUAGGUGAUAAAAAAAAUGCAUAUCUGGAUUAGGGAACAUCUAUAUUGAGUUAUAGAUCAUGCCUUCGGCUCGGAUGCUUUACCCCAUUUGAAAAACUACUGUCUAUUGGAAUAUCACUUUUCUAAGACUCUUAAUUUGAAUAUGGCAUGAAAUGUCCGUGAGGGAUGUCCUUUUAUGUUUUUACCACUGUCAUUUAGCUUUGGGGAAUACCAUAUUGUUUAUUUCCUCAUCUUUUUGUAUUUUCUUUUUUUAACAUAUCAAUAUUUUAAAAUGUAAUUUUAUUGCUGUAGCUUCUCCACCCUGUCAUGUUACCAGUCCCUUCAUGUUCUGUCAAGAGGAGGGAAAUGUCUGUCUUCAACAGUGUAACCUCUACAAACGUUUGUGGAAAUUGAUUGUCUCUAAGAAUGUGUUGAGGGAGUUUCCCCAAAACUGUAUUCCACCUUAAGGCGGGUGAAAUGAACUUGUGUAUAGUCUCAACUAAUAAACUAUCUCCAGCAAAAUAAAUAA